AUGGCAGAAAACCAGAUUGAAUCGAAUCUUCUGGAUCAUGAGUGGCUGGCUGUGGAUGCUCAAAACAAUCCUGACCGAUGGAUCCAUCGCUUCACAGAGGAAGAGCUCAAGGACAUCGACCAUGCUUUGCAGACGACGUUGAGUAAAGGCCACAAGACCUGCGAAACGAUGACCAAGGAGGAUUUCCCGCUAGGUCGAUCGGAGAAGCCAUUGCAACAGGUCCUCGAGCAUGUGGAGAAUGACAUGGGACUCUUUGUCUUGCGUGGGAUCCCUGCAAGCAAGUACACAAAGCCAGAAAUGAGAAUGAUUUACUGGGGGAUAGGACUCAACAUGGGCGUGGCAGUGUCGCAAAGUGGAAAGGGGGAUGUUCUGGGUGAUGUCAAGAACUUGGGCGACAACAUCCACCCAUCCUCCAAGACAGGCCGCGGAUACAUGUCUCGUGUCCAUCUGGGAUUCCACACCGAUAGUUCGGAUAUUGUUGGCCUCAUGGUACUGCAAGUUGCCAAGAGUGGCGGGCUUAGCAUGAUUUGCAGCUCGGUUGCCGUGAGGAACGAAAUUGCCCGCCGCCGACCCGACCUGCUCAAGGUCUUGUACGAAGACUUCUACUGGAGCUGGAAAGGGAAUUCUCCUCCUGGGGCUGGUCCGUACUAUAAAAUUCCCAUAUUCAGCGAGGAAGGCGGGCGCUUCUCAUGCCGCUACAUUCCGCCGCACAUCUUCACCGCUCAAGAAGAGUACCCUGAGCUUCCCCGUCUCACCGAGCAGCAAAAGGAAGCAAUCAUGCUCAUUCAGCAGAUCGCCAACGAAGAGAAGUUCCACUUUGGCAUGAUGUUCGAGCCAGGAGAUAUACAGUUCCUGAACAACCAUAUCACCUUGCACGCCCGCACCGAGUUUGAGGACGGAGAUACGGACGAGACAAAGCGGCAUCUGUUGCGAUUGUGGCUGUGUCCACCCAAUAGCCGGAAGUUGAGUCACAACGUCGUGGAUUUCUACAGAGAUCAGAGGCCGGUCGAACAACUCACUCAGGAACUUGAGAGGCUCAAGUCAGGUCUUCAGUUGCCAAGCGAGAGCGAAAGAUGGCCGAACCAGGCUCCACCAACUCAGCUCAACACAUCUACGGGUAGCGACUCCUCCUCAAGAGCUGAAGUUCUCCCUGAGUCUGCUUCGACGACACCGCUCAAAAGCUUCCAGAGUAUUCAUGACAAGACUUUCAAGUUCGAGGAUCUCGUUUUGCUGAAGGCUGAUGUGGAUGAAUUGUUUCGAGAGUACUUUCUCCAUUAUCACCAGCAGCUUCCAGUUAUUGACGUGCAAGCUGAACCUGCUGCCAUCAUAGAUGAGAGUCCACUCCUGUUUUGGACCAUCGUCUUCACAGCUUGCCGGAAUCUCCCGUCGCAGCAACAUCAUUAUCGCAGUCUGUGCAACAAGUUGCCUGGCCUUUUGGGCCACCUCAUGAUGACCCGUCAAGACUCAACUUACACAAUGCAAGCGUUGCUCAUAUUGAGCAUGUGGCCCCUGCCGGUUCAGCGGCAAUCUGACGAUAUGCGGUGGUUGUACAGUGGCAUGGCUAUGCAGAUGGCAAUGCAUGCCGGAUGCCAUCGUGUUGGUUACGAGCAUGAGUAUCAUCCGUACACAUAUUCCAAGUCGCUUUCAAACGAGCGGAGCCAUACACGAAUAUGGCGCUGCUGGUGUUUUGUCAAUGCGGUACUUAGCUGCGAACUUGGCCUCCCUUGUCUCGUCCCCUUCGAUGCACUCGAAAUCAAACCUGGGGAUGAAGCCGCCCUACCCGCAGAUUUCAUCUCCAGGCUUCGCAUCGUUUUAUACGUCAGUCGAAUCAAUGACACGUUGGGCGACAAUACUUGCAAAGAUGGUAGCCACCGGUUGAGGAUGGUACGUCUAUUGGAGAAAGACGUCAACACGUUGGUGUCUGGGCUUCGCCAGUCUCCAGCGCAGUGGAACCCUUCUGUCGAGUUCGUGUAUCUGAUUGUCCUUCUCAACCUAUAUUCUUUCUGUCUACGUUGGUCUACUCCGGUUUCACUUAGUGACCCCGACCAUACGAUAAUCCAAAGCUCCGCCGCACAGGCUGCCUGCCAGCUGAUUAAGCUUUAUUCAAGCUCGCCAUUGCCCGUCGAUAAUCCAUCAACUUCUCAGCCAUGCCCGCAGAGAUACUACCCUAAAUUCUAUCUUCGAUUCGAGACCAUCGCACUUCUGAUGCUACUCAAGAUUUCGGUCCUCAAUCAGAUCUCCUUACGAGAACUUGGCGAGGUGGACGACGCUGUUCGACUCGGCCACGGAGCGCUUAUGUCUGGCUCUUCCUCAGAGGGCGACGAAUUCCACAGAGCCGCGAGCGUAGUGGAAGUUCUUUGCAAGAAGGGUGUGAUUGACUCUGUCCGAGGGAAAUCUACCGUCGAGUCCCGCUUCGGCGCCUCACUGUGGCUUGAACUUGUUGCUACUGCCAUCCGAUGGCGUCGCCAAAACUCGAAGAGAGGCCCCAGACCAACAGACAAUAGCCGCAACAGCAUUAAUAAUAACAACAGUAAUCAUGCAGGCAGCACGAUCCCAGCGUUAAAUAUGAGCAGAGCUGCCGGCUCCAUGGAUGUAGCCAUGUCAGGGUCUACGGCAGCUGAUAGUGUGGAUGCGACCAGACUGACUAUGGCGGACGUCCAAGGAAACGCGAAUCUGUUUCCGUUCAGCAUCGAAGACUGGUCCGUCUACCUAGAUAUUACAGAAGCCGAUCUAGGGUUAGGCAACGACUCCAGCUGGUGGGGAGGAUCGGGGGGUUAG